CUGCGCUAUUUCCUGGAGUGUUAACUGAUAUGGUAGAAACAAACUUGGUCGGAACCAAAACGUUUGUAAAGUGAAGCAAAUAGAAGAAGAUGAAGCUGUAUUCAAUUUCUAUUCUUCGUUUUGACCCAAAGCCAGUCCAGCUGCUCUGUACAGCUUCAGAUUUAUCUAGCUUUUCUUUCUUUCAGAGGUCUACUGUUGGAGAGUUUAUGACUUUUUUUACGAAGACAGUUACAGAAAGAACCAACCCUGGACAACGACAAGAUGUUGAGGAAUCAGACUAUGUGUUUCAUGUGUAUAAUCGUUCAGACGGCUUGUGUGGUGUCAUCGCAAGCGAUAAAGAAUAUCCUUUGCGAGUUGCAUAUACCCUGUUGAAUAAAUUAUUAGAUGAGUUUGUUACGAAGAACCCUCGUCACAAAUGGGAAUCUGGUGCAGUUACUCUUCCCUUCCCCGAACUUGAUACGUAUUUGUCUAAAUACCAGGAUCCUAAACAAGCAGACACAAUCAUGCGUGUACAGCAAGAAUUAGACGAAACAAAGGAUGUGCUUCAUAGAACCAUUGAAAGCGUUUUGGCUCGUGGAGAGAAGCUGGACGAUCUUAUUGCUCGUAGUGAUAAUUUGUCUAGUCAAUCUCGUAUGUUUUACAAAUCUGCCAAGAAGCAAAAUUCAUGUUGCCUUAUCCAAUAAUUUCCUUUUUUACUCUGAGAGGAGUUGCAUUUUUUCGAGACACUCUCCUUGUCGACGUAUAAUAAUGAGAACGUUCUGAUUACUUAAUAACCAUCAAGGUUUUUUUAAAGAUUUAUAUUAAAAGUCAAAAACUUAUGGAAGAAAAGGAUCUUUUAUAUAUUAUUUCUUUGACGACCGUUGCUCAAAAAAGAAAAGAGAUUAUAUCAUGAACAGAGCAAACGAAGGAAAAACUCAAUGUUUACGUCUCUUGUGACUUAACAUUCAGCAAUUCUGUUCUUCUGUUUCCGUUUCAAAGAAAGAUAGGUUUCCAGAUUUUUGGGCAACUGUUGUUUUGAAGAUGAUCUGGUUCAUACAGUUACAUAGAACACUACAGUAAUGAUCAAGACACUAUCCGUGUUUUCUUAUUUAAGAAUUUGGCAAUGUUACCCUCCCUCUAUGAACGUAUAGCGUAUUAGGAACUAAUUCAUGUUAUCUGGUCAUUGUUAUGUUGCUCAAGUAUUGAGUAUCUCUGACCUUCAUGUUCUUGAACGUUUUAUGAGGAAAUUGUAGUGCAUGCUUUUCGAAAGCAUAUUUUUGGUUAUUUAUUAAUAUAAUCUAAAGAUGCGGGUUUGUUGUGGUUUGUCUUUAAUUAUGGUCAAAUAAUGGAUAGGUAUGCACCCCAUAACUAAUUUUUAUAACAAGACAUCUGAAACUGAUAGAAAAUAAUAAGACAGAUCCAUUCCUUAUCGUCCAGGAAUUGGUUUUUUUGAUUUGUAGUAUAACGCUUUGCAAGUCUUAAACUCAGUUGUACCGUCUGGGUUUGGUGUUUGUUCACCAUCAAGCGUAUAGUAAUUGCCCUGGAACACCUUUAUAUCCUGAGGAAUUGAUAAUUUUGGCAAAUUCAGUUGAUUUUCUUUGUCUUGUUCCAUUUGAGAGAGGUAGGAUAUUGUAGAAAGC